UGUUAAACCAGAAACAUUCCUCUCUCUAUAUAUAUGUUUCAAGCUCCAAGUGAGUUAAGAAGGAGACAUGAUAACCACACUUUUGAGUGCUUCCAAGAUUUGCUUGUUAAUUUAUCUUUUAUCUAGAGGACAUUUCACAGAAGCUUUACAAGACAUCAGCCAGUACAUAAAACACUAUGAAGGCCUGUCUUAUGACAGGGAGCUCCUAAAAGAACAACACCAGCGCAUCAAACGGGAAACUCAUCUGAGUAAUCAAAAGCUUCAUCUAGACUUCAAAGCCUUUCAAAGGGUAUUCCACUUGCGUCUCAAACAAGAUGUUGAUGGCUUCACAGAAGAUUUCAAGGUCCAGUCAGAAGAAGAAACUCAGAUGGGGGAUCUCUCUCACAUAUACUCAGGAGUACUAAAAGAUGAGAAUGAAUCCUCAUGUGAAGGCUCUGUUAUUGAGGGUCAGUUUGAAGGCUCCAUCACAACAGCCAAUGGCACAUUCUAUGUGGAGCCUAUUGACAGAUUUACAACCAUGAGAUCCGACCACCAUUCCAUCAUUUAUCAUGAGGACGAUGUGGACAGUGCUCCCUUGAGAGCCGGUCAUGCUGGAUUCUGUGGUGCCGACCAUCUGCAACAUCUUGUUCAAAACCAUCAAGAGAUACCAGUGUCCAGGUCAAAGCGAAAGGUCGACCAGUCCAAAACCAGCUGUCUUCUUCACCUCCAUGCAGACCACCGCUUUUAUAAGCGCUUUGGAAGUGUUGAAGCUGUUGUAGCUCAGGUCGCCUCCUACAUGAAAGCAGUUAAUGACAUUUAUGACAAAGCUGACUUUGACGGGAUAGAUUUGGUCAACUUCAAAGUGAAAUUCCUCUCCGUGGCCACAGAGGAAGAUCCAAGCAGUCCCUUGGACAACAAUCACAUUGGGCCUGAAAAGCUGUUAAGUUUGUUUUCAGAGAUGGACUGGGGCGACUACUGCCUGUCAUAUCUCUUGACCAACAGGGACUUCAGUGGAGUUCUCGGUCUGGCCUGGGGAGGAAAAGCAGAUAAUUGGGGAGGAAUCUGCUCUCAGAUGGUCAUGAAGGCUGGUCACAAUUGCAGCCACAACACAGGUCUGGUUACCCUGCAGAACUACGGCUACUACCUUUCUGCCAAACACGUGCACCUGACCUUCGCCCAUGAGUUGGGGCAUAGUCUUGGAGCUCCUCAUGACCAGGGUUCUGACUGUGGAGACCUUGAGAUCACGGAUGGCAAAGGAAGGUUUUUAAUGUUCCCUCAAGCCACCUACAAGAUUGAGGAGAACAGCGACAGAUUCUCCCCCUGCAGCCUGCGGCACAUGAGUCGUAUUCUCUCUAUUAAAAAAGACAAAUGCUUUGUAGUUAGUCAGCAGCCUAUUUGUGGAAACCGCAUCGUAGAAGGGGAGGAAUGUGACGUGGGACACAAUGAAGAUACGUGCUGCUACAAUUCGAAAGAACCAUCAGGUGUUGAGUGUCGACUAAAGCCCGACAAACAAUGCAGUCCUAGUCAAGGCCUGUGCUGCAGCUCACAGUGUGUCUUCAACGAAGCUGGGCAGAAGUGUGAAGAACCCUCCGAAUGUCGGAAACAGAGUGUGUGCACCGGUUCCUCUGCAGUGUGUUCAGAACCGCCCCCCAAGCCGAACAUGACCAUAUGCAACAAGGGUACACGCGUCUGUUUCAACGGGGAAUGUGCACUGUCUCUUUGUGCAUUGCACGGCAUGUUGCAAUGUGACUGCCUGGGGGAGAAUAAAACUGAGAAGUGCCACAUGUGCUGCCAGCAGAGAGACAAACCUAAUACCUGUGCAAGCACCACAUCCUCGGUUCUUCAGCAGCACUUUAGUGGCAAGCGUGUGGCAUUGGUGCCUGGGGCUCCCUGUUCUGGAAACCAAGGUUACUGCGACAGGUUCAAAGUCUGCCGAAUCCUAGAUGCAGAUGGCCCUAUUGCAAGGCUCAAAAAUUCCUUUCUGAAACUUGAUGAGUUUGAAGACUUGGCAGACUGGAUGAAGGCUCAUUGGUGGGCAAUACUUCUGGCUAUUCUCACCAUUUCAGCUAUAAUGUCUGGGACUAUCUGGAUUUUUGGACAGCCACUGGAGAUAGACGAAGACAUGUAAACGUCUCUCCACUUGGGGCCUUCCUCCAACAGCCAAAAACCACCAUCCACAUUCAAACAGCUUAUGAAUGUGCAAAACACAUGACAGAUUGAAGGGUGUCCAGAUGCUCAUCUGAGAGCAUGAUAUCUCUAGAAAAAAAGAGUUGAAUUGCUUGCUCUUUUAAAUUUACUUGGACUCUUCCACUCAUGUGUCCAACACCAUUCGUGUAACAUGAGCUACAGGUUCUUGGAAAUGGUCAAAUAAAAAGUGUUGCAGAAUGUUUGACAGUAGUACAAUUUCCUCAGUUGAUAGUGAAGGAAUAAACUGCAAAAACAAUUAUGUAGAUUUUUAUAAGACUUGGAUAACAAUAAACAAAACUUUUACACCACAAAUUAAUCUUGG